UUCUCAUUUUUGUUAAUCACGCGAAAAUAAAAUCGAAAAAAUUUCAGAUAAUUUUUAGAAAAAUGUGUUCACAAAGGGAUAAGGAAGUUUUGCAUAUGAUUUUAAAUCCAAAUUUACCCUUCAAUUUUGAAAAUGAAAAGGAGAAGGAAGAAAAUAAAGAGGAUUAUUCACAUUUACAAAAUUACAAAGAAAGUGAAAUUCAAAAUUUGGAAGGUGUAAAGUUGGCCGAGGAAGAAAAAUUGGAAGAGGCUUUGGAAAAGUUUAAUAGUGCUAUUGAAAUUUGCCCACAAAAUCCAUCUGUUUACAACAAUCGAGCACAGCUAUAUCUUCUUAUGAAAAAGCUUGAUGAAGCUCGACUUGAUUUGAAUAAGUCACUUGAUUUAAGUAAAGGCAAGGGUAAUUGCGCUGCACAGGCAUAUGUUCAACUUGCUUUGAUUCAUCGUUUAAAUGGAGAGGAGGAAUUUGCAAAGAUUGAAUUCGAAAAAGCUUCAGAAUUGGGAUCUAGCUUUGCCAAAAAACAAUUGGUAGCUAUGAAUCCAUAUGCAGCCAUGUGCAACAAAAUGCUAGGAGAAAUAAUGGUAAAAUUACGACAUGGAGAAGGAAAUGAUUAA